UAGGCGACCAUACGUGAUGUAUCCUUUCAUCACGCGAGAGAUCUGGGACCAGUUUGUAGAAAAAUGUAGCUCUAAGGAGUUCCAGGUAUGUAAUAUAUAAUAUGAAAUUAUAUUAUCAUUACGUUCUUUAAUAUUGACUAGUUACUAAAUCCUAUAUUAGGCUAAAAGUGCAAAAGCAAGAAUCUCUCAAGCUGCUAACAAGCAUCCUCAUUUUUUGGGUCAAAAAUCAUAUGCGGAGAUGAUUCCCAUUUGGCAAAGCAGAGGGUAUAUCCCUUCCGCUACAGCAUCAUCUGUUGACUCAUCUACAUCAUCAUUGAUUUCCUCCUUGCCGGAUCGGACAUUGCCUUGGCUUCUCGCGAGAUCGAAAAAAGAUAAGGAUGGAAAUUUCUUCUUUCCUAAUGAAGAAACACAAAAGAUAAAAGAGUCCAUUGAUGAUUGGAAAAAGAAAGAAGCUGAAGGAGAGUUUGUUCCAAGUCGGAUGGAUGAUGCUCUUUCACGUGCUCUGCAGAGGAAAGACCGACCUGGGCGUGUGUUAACAGCUGGGCGUAGCAUUGGGAUUACAUCUGUUUGGGGAGAUCCUGAUCGGAGCAGUACUGCUCGCAAGGGUAGGGUCAUGGAUGAUGAGGAGAUUCAGGCAUUAGAGGCUAGAGUGAGUCAAAGAGUUAGGGAACAGAAAUGGAAGAGAUGAACUCGAAGAUAGAUGCAUUAGUUCAAGAAAGGUUAAUGGCUUUUGCGACGCAGUUAGGUAUUCAAGUACCAACUCCUUCCACUCCAGUCGUUCCUAGUAGCUGU